AUGGAAUUAGAACAAGCAAAACAAGAGUUGAAAAUGCUUGAAACCCUAUACCCAAAUCAACACCACUAUCUCAAACAUGAACUUAGAUCCUUCAUCAUUCAACAUUCCUAUUCACACCCUCUUCCACAAUACCAUACCUCCCUCGCUUUCUUAGACACAGAAGAAUCCACUAACUUGGAGCAAACAAAGGGUAUAAAACUUGGUUUACCUGACAUACAAGAAGUAACGGAGAAGAAGAAGAAGGGUGCUGAAAGCUCGGUGCUUGAAUCUCCCAAGCAUUACCCUAGUAGCAGGAAGAAGAAGAGAAAAGAUAGGGUCGAUUUGGUUCUUGAAAGGGCACAAAAUUGUCUCAAAAAAAUUCGACAUUUCAAAACAUCCUUAUUUUCUCAUUCUUGA